UAAAAGGUACACAUUAUCUACAUCUGUGGUCAAGUGUGUGUUCAAUUUCGUAGUAUUAAUAUAUUUUUUGCGUUAAUACGUAAAAUACUCAAGGAAUCACUAUUAUUACAUGUUAGAAAAUGGUUGAUCCCAUAUUCGACUAUCAAUUUAGACUUAUUUUAAUCGGAGACAGCACCGUCGGCAAAAGUUCGCUUCUUAAAUACUUCACAGAUGGAAAAUUUGCUGAGUUGUCGGAUCCCACCGUUGGAGUAGAUUUCUUUGCGCGUAUCAUUGAAGUACAGGAUGGUACGCGAAUCAAAUUACAAUUGUGGGAUACUGCUGGUCAAGAAAGAUUUAGAUCAAUAACGAAAUCGUAUUAUAGAAAUUCAGUGGGCGCUCUUCUAGUUUACGAUGUUUGUAAUAGAUCGAGCUUUGAGCAUAUUCCCCUAUGGAUGAUGGAAGCAAAACGUCACAUAGAGCCACAUAGACCAGUAUUUGCUCUUGUUGGGUGUAAAGUAGAUCUUGUAGGAACAGAUUCUAAAAACGGUGCACGCAGGGAGGUUUCCUGUGAAGAGGCUAGGAUGUUUGCAGAAGAAAAUGGCUUACAUCAUGUUGAGACUUCAGCAAAGACAGGGGUAAAUGUUGAACAAGCAUUUAUCCUUGUUGCUCAAGAAGUUUACAAUCGGAUUCAAACAGGUGAAUACAAAGUUGAGGAUGGCUGGGAUGGUAUAAAAUCUGGUUUCAAUCGACCAAAUGGUAUGGACUUUAACCUUCUUGAAGCAGAAACUGUACAAUCUACAUGCUGCUAAUUGUUGUAAAUAAUUUAAUUAAAAACCUUAGUCACUUAAAACUUCGGUUUUGUGUAAUCCACUGUUUUAAGAGAAUUUGGUGUUAAGUGAUAUAAUGGCAAAUAUGUAGAUAUGAUGCACAGUAAAUUAAAUAUAGUGAACAUUCUAGUAUAUCUGUACUAACUAGAUGUUCUUAUAAUCUAUUAAUACAAUUACAUUAUCUCAAAUACAAUAAGAUUUUCAAUAGGCAUUUGAUAUAGUCUGCUUUUUUACAAAUGGCACAAAUGUUUUAACUACUAAAUGAUAUUUUGUUAUUUUCUGUAGUGUAUUUGAUACAGCUCAUAGUGUACUAGAAACAUGACUUCCACUCAUUGAAAUAUAGCAGAUUGUGCUAUUAUAUUUAUUAAAAUUAAAAUUGUACAACCAUAUAACAUAAUGAAAUUUUUGGCAGUAAUCUUUAAAAAAAUGCCAAAUUCAAUGCAAAAUCUUGUAAAUAUUUUAUUAGCACUUACCACAAUCCCACAAAACAACCAAAGAGUUGGAUCUUUUGUUAUUUAUUUUUACUUCACAAUUAAAUUUAAGUCUUAACAAUUACUAAUAAAACCUACAUUAUGUAGUAGAAAUUUGUACCUGCAGUCUUACAUUGUCAUAUUAUUAUUAAAUUAAUAAGAAAGAAGAUUGUUAAAUUAUUCAAGUCAAAACUAUCCUUAAAGGACAUACAUGUCUGUAUGUUGUAAAUUUAUAGAAAAGAAACAAUAAUUACAGAUCCCUGUUCUUGUAAAUUAAACUUUAUUUUAUGAUUGAGUUUAUUAUAUUACAAUAUUUAUACACUAUCCAUUUUCAUGAGUACAACUAUUCUCAGUGUUGCUAUAAUCCGAGCCUGCCCCUGGAGCAGGUUUUUUAUUUUAUUGGUUGUGCUUUAAUUUGUUUCCCUAUAAUCACUGUAUGGUUUAUAUCAUACUGCAAGAUGUGAAUAUGUAAUUGUUCUUACUCUUACAAAAAUAAGAAAUGUUAACUCCUUACAUUAAUUUAAAUAAAAAUAAAGCUUACAGAACAAAUUGUACAAUUUAAAAAUUCAAAUACAUAAUUGAUAAGGUGUUAAUUAAUUAUACAUUGUGUAACAAAAAGGUGCAGGUCUUUAUAAAUAAUUAUUAAAUAAAAGUGUUUUACAUUACAAUUGUUUUAUUGAUGCAAUUGUAUAAUAUAAAAAUAAGUAUGUUCUGACACCGUCCCAUGUAUGGACAUAUUCUAUUUUAUAGUGAAGAAAGAAAUGAUGUUAUUAUUAAAUAGAUAAGCCUU